AUUCAUCGAUUUCCGGUGGUUAGCAAAUUAUUGCGCAAUGGACGACUUAUCGAAUUUAGAACACAAAUCAACCGAGAAAAAACGGAAUUACUGCUGUAUUUGCAGUAAUUUUCGGGGAAAAUUAGUAGAUGGGAAACAAGUGAGGUUGCAUAGAUUUCCAGCCGACGAAAAAGUGAGAAAACUAUGGAUCAAAAGACUGAAAACUGUCAGCACUGGCUUCGUUUUGAAGAUCAAGAACGAUCGGCUGUGUUCAGCACAUUUUGUCGAUGGGGUCUACAACAGCAAGAACCAAAUUCCCAGUAUCUUCAUGGUGAACAACAAGCAGAAGAUCUUUAAAACAUCGGAGGUUGAGGAAGAAAGUUACACAACAGAGGCAUCUGCAAUCUUGCAAGAAAACCAAGAUAGCCGGGAUAGUGAUUGCUAUGAAAACACUUCUCUGAACUCCUGUUUUGUGUCAGAGCAUGUGUCAGUUCAAAUGCAUGACUAUAUAACUAGUUCUGUGAAGGAAACAUGUACUGUGACACAGACUCUACCAAAGCUUAUACAAACUGAUUGGAUCAUGUGUGACAUGGCUACACAGACAGAUCUCACCUUAUCAUUGUUCCAAAAACUGACAUGUGACACAUCUUCACAGACUGAUAUGAAUAACUGUAGUGUUGAAAAAGACAUUGGGAUUCAGUGCAACAAACCGGAAUUGGUUGCUGAAGACAUUGUAAGUGAUGACAUGUGUAUGUUUUACACCGGCUUGCCCAACAAGGAUGUUUUCAAUGCAAUAUUUAGCGAACUGGACGAUGCAGAGGAAAGAACCAACCGAUCAGGAAAUGGGGAGAACAAGGGACGGCCUAGAACGCUUCGACUGGUGGAUGAAUUUUUGCUAGUUCUGAUGCGCUUAAGACUUGGUUUGCUUUUAGAAGACUUGGCGUAUAGAUUUCGCAUUUCAAAAGCAACCUGCAGUAACAUUAAUAAGCAGUGGAUCAUGUAUCUAAGUGUGAAAUUGGCAUCAAUGAUACCAUGGAUAUAUAGAAGAUUUAUAAGAGAGAAUAUGCCAGCUAAAUUUAAGAAGAAGUACCCAAACUGUAGAGUUAUAAUAGACUGUACAGAAUUUUACACGCAAAAUCCACAAUCAUUGGCUGCCAAAACGUUACUGUACUCACAUUACAAAUCACACAUGACAUUGAAGGCCUUAAUAGGAAUUAGUCCCACUGGUGUGAUAACAUUUGUAUCAGAUUUGUGGAGUGGUGGUAUAAGUGACAAACAAAUCACUAUUAAAAGUGGUCUGCUGGAACUCCGUGAGGCUGGAGAUGCAGUUAUGGCGGACAAAGGAUUCUUAAUAUCGGACUUGACAACCCCAAGGGGGCUACACCUAAUAAUUCCACCCAUGAAAUUUCAGCGCUUUAAUCGCCGACAGGUGGAAGAAACAAGAAGAAUCGCAAAUCUUCGCAUAGAUGUGGAACGUGCCAUGGAACGAUUAAAGAAUUUCCGCAUACUUCAAGGGGUUAUGCCGAUUACUAUGUCUAGACAAGCAUCGCAUAUACUCAAGAUAUGUGCUGCCUUGUCAAAUGUUCACCCUCCCUUGAUACAGGAUCACUAAAUGAGAAAUUCUGUAACGGCAUGUGUAAAAUUCUGCAUUCAAUGACUUAAAUGCUUUGACAAGAAUUAAAUUCUGAAUUGUGUGAAAACUUUAAGGAGCAUAUCAACAAUGUAACAGCAAGUAUUCAAAAACGAACACAAAGUCAUUUUAAUAAAAAUCAAGGAACAACACUUAAGUAAUUAAAUCUUAUCGAGUUCUUUUUAAAUGUAUUACUUUCAGAAAAUAAAAUACAGUUUCUAGCUGUUGAUAUCCCCUUAAGACAAUAAAACAAUGAUUAUUCAAAAUAAUUGGUUGUAAAACCAUAAGUUUUAUCAAAUUAAAAAAAAUGAAUUAACCCUUUACCACUUUAAUAGAUACAUAUUUUGAUGCAUUUGUAUUCCCUUAGAAAGCUACAUUUAAUUAAAGACCUUUCUUACUAGAUUCAAGUCUUCAUUUCAAACCCUUAGAUACUGAUGAGCAGCAAACAGCAUAAAACCUGAAUAGACUGCGAGUUACUCGCAGGCUGUUCUGGUAUUUUGCUGUUUGCACAUAGUGAUUUUAUCUUCGCUUCUGAGUGGGAAAGGGUUAAAGAAGUAUUCUUAUCAUGCUUGUGAUAUUUUGCA